GGUUCACAGCAGCUGAACAACUGAACACUACAAAUGUUACAACCACAGCUUCAACAACUUCAAGUGGACUGACAAUGGCAAAUACCACUAAGUUUGUGUCACGUCCCUCAAGCACUGAGCUCAACAAUAUUGGUACAGAAAUGACGGUGACGCCCACACAACAGCACCCAACACCUACAGUCAAUGUGAGCACAAGCAGUGCAUCCACACUAACAACGCAGGGAACAUCAGCUCAGACAACAACAGCAACCUCCACCAGUCACAGUUUGCAACCAGAAAACCUGAUACUAAUCCAGAAAAACAUGACAUGGAUUGAAGCUUUGAGUUACUGCAGGGAGCACUACUUUGACUUUGUCCACAUCACCAGCAAAGACAUUCAGGACAAGGUGGCUCAGAAGGCGAAGGGUGCCACAUCCUCCUAUGUGUGGCUUGGCCUACGCUACAGCUGCAACUUUAAAUUUUGGUUCUGGGCCGGGUCGACUUCUGGCUGUUACCAGAACUGGAUUCCUGGGCAGGGUCCUGAAAGGGUCUACGAGUGUGGUUUCAGCGGUGCCAUUGAGGCCACUGGGAGGCAGCAGUGGACUGGCUUACCUGAAACAGAAGAACUGAAUUUUAUCUGCAUUACAUGUGCUGGAUGA